AUGGCAGAACGACGUGCUAUGGUGCUCCAGACCUCUGCCGAUGCUAAAGCACAUCGGCAGCUCAAUAGACAGAUAUGGAAGUCCCUGCGACACGAUAUCCGCAACUUUAAUGUCAAUAUGGUUAAAGAAGCGAUAGAGCGGAACCAAGGCUCCAAAGUGUUCGCUAGGGACGUGUCUAUUGGGCAAAGCCAGCUGACGAAGCUGAAGGCGGAGGAUGGUAGUGUGGCGUCGACGAAAGCCGAAGUUUUGGGGGAGAUCGAGACGUUUUAUGGUCAGCUAUACGCAUCGGUCACUAAACCUGUUAGCUCAGUUGCAGAUCCAAGAGCUAGACUUACCCGACAUUAUACCGAGGAUAUCCCGGACAUCAGCCUAUACGAGAUUAGAAUGGCCCUCAAGCAGCUUAAGAACAACAAGGCGCCGGAUUAUUGGCCUAUCAUCAAGAGGAGGGUCCAUAUCCAACUAUCAGGGGAUGUUGAUCCCGUACGUUCAGCGCGUCGCAUUCACUCGCACCUCAAAGAACCAUCAGACCAGCACAGAUGGGGCACAGUAGGGCUGAUGCCCGAUGCAGAGCCGCGGAAGCCCUAA